UCUUCUUUCCUAUAUUCAAAUUUAUGCAUAAAAGGUUUCGGACCCGGUUUCUUUCCGGCUUCUGGAAGUCGGAUGAGAGAUGGACCGCCGCCGCCUCUGCCACCUUCGUCGCCCUACAAUAACAUGCCCAUGCAUCACCUCCCGGAAAUGAAGUCGGCCAAUUUGCGAGCACCGCCGUCAUUUGGCGGCUCGUCAUCAUCAUCCGUCGACAUUAGCAGCGUCCGACACCUCAAGGACGUGGCGGACGACCUUUACGGAGCCUUUUCCCAUGUCAUGGAUAAGAUGAAGGACAUGGAAAAGAUGCACGACGAAAUGCUUCGUUUGGAAGAGAGGGUUUUCCGGCUGGAAAACGACGUUGGUACCUCUUCGUCUCGUGGAUACAAUGCAUUGGACCGCACCGACUCCAGAUUGAAUAUGCGUCCGAACAUGCCCAGUGCGAGGGAGUCCUUGUUGGGCCGCGAGGGGUUGCCAAGUAAUGCCAAUCCGUGCCCACGUGGGUUCCAAGCCAUUCCCGGCCUGUCCGAGUGCUACCAGUUCAAUGCGGACCGAUUGGUCGACUGGUACGGAGCACAAACCAACUGCAUGCGAAUGAACCCAAGGGCCCACUUGGCGGAAUUCGACGAUGUGGCCCAGUAUGAAGAAGUGGCCAGAUACAUGACCAAGAAGUCUGAAGAGUCCAGACCACCUUCCGGAAGACGAGGAGAAUUCUACUGGAUCGGAGCCAAGCGAGAGUUUCAAGACUACUUGUGGGAAACCACGCAGAAAAUGGUCGACCCGAGUUUCGACCGGAAGAUCGAGAAUGGGUACACUUCCUCGUCUGGGUCGCGGAGUUGCCUGGCCAUUACCCGGGCCGCGGAUGCCCGUUCCGAAUACCGCCUCGAGGGCAUCACUUGCGCCAAUCCUUCUGCGUACAUUUGCCAGAUUAAAAAAAUUAGCAGUAAAAAAAAAUCAAUCUGA